AGCGACUCGAGAAAGAAGGUCUGUUCUUGCAAGAAAUCACGAUGUCUUAAAUUAUACUGCGAGUGCUUUGCCGCUGGAGAGAUUUGCUCCGGAUGCAAAUGUGUUGAUUGUGCGAAUGAUGGAGACCAUGAGGACAUGCGACUGCAAGCAGUCGAUACAAUCAAGCAAAGAAACAACAAUGCGUUUGCUCCCAAGAUUGUGGACGAAAUCCAGCAAGACAAGGGAAUGCAUGCUCGCGGAUGUCGAUGCAAGAAAUCGCACUGCCUGAAGAAGUAUUGCGAAUGUUACCAGGCUGGAGUUCAGUGCACAGACAAAUGCAAGUGCGAGGAAUGUCAGAAU